CACCGCCCUGGGCACCCAGGGGUGUUCCUGGGGCUGGGGCUGAGCGGGGUGGUGCCCACCCUGCACUUCACCAUCGCCGAGGGCUUCGUGAAGGCCACCACGGUGGGGCAGAUGGGCUGGUUCUUCCUCAUGGCCGUCAUGUACAUCACGGGCGCCGCCCUCUACGCCGCCCGCGUGCCCGAGCGCUUCUUCCCGGGCAAGUUCGACAUCUGGUUCCAGUCCCAUCAGAUCUUCCACGUGCUGGUGGUGGCCGCAGCCUUUGUCCACUUCUACGGGGUGUCCAACCUGCAGGAAUUCCGCUACGGGCUGGAAGGGGGGUGCACAGACGACUCCCUGCUCUGAGGGCACCGCCUGCUUUUAGUCCAAGCUUUCCUCAAGUGCUUUUUAAACUUUUUGUCUUUGCUCAGAUCCAAGGAAGACUCAAAAACUGGGUUUGGGGGUUGCUGGUGGGGGUUUUUUGUUGUUCUUUGGGGUUCUUUUUUUUUAAGAAACGGAGAAAUCCUUUAGGAAAGUCAUCGACCAAAUCUUCACCCCCUCCCCUCAGUGGGGUCUGGGGGGGUUGGGGGCUCCCCCAGGCCGGGUUUAGCUGCACUGGGGGCUCCCCCAGCACAGGGAGCAGCUGCUGUUCCCGCCCAGCCGAGCACAUCCUGCUCCUCACCAACCCCACAUAUCCCCCCGGGAAUUCUGCGGCUCCUGGGGCAGCUCCCGGGGCACAGAGCGUGUAAUUUAAAAUUUAAUUGUCCUUUUUUUCCGUUUGUUUUGUUUUUCCUUGACCAUGUAAAGAGAAAGGAAAGGGUAUUUAAUAUUUAAACCGAGCUUUAAAGGUGCCCCCUCGGCCGGGAGGGGCAGGGGGGGCUGGUCUGGGAAUCAGAGCUGCUGUAGAGACAAUAAAAGGUCACUGGUUCAGUGUCACCCG